CUACCAAAAGUACUUGCAAAAUGCAACCCCUUCGUUUCGACACUGAAAUCUCACUAGGAGUGUGGGUAAUGGACUAUGGACAGCUUUGUGUAGACCACUGCUCAGUCUUUGCAAAUUGGGGAAGUACUUAUUCCCAGGCCUGAUGAACAGGAGAGAGAGCAAAGUUUCGAAACAGAAGCUAUGCUGAUGCUUCCUUGUUUGAAUGGGCUGGGUUUUCUUCUUGUGCGUGUGUUUCCUUCUAUGAUCAAUCACGUCACAUAUUACAUUUCUGCCAAUACCCACUAAGGGACAAAAUCGACUCAAAAGAAUUUAUGAAUCUUUUUUUCUUUUUCUUUUCUUUUUGGGGUAAAAAUAAUAAUCAGGCAAGCAUUUUUUUUUUUGGUACGCCAAAACUUGACAAUGUCUUCUGAGGAGUGCGUUAUGCUAGAUGUGGAGUUGGAUGGCUUCAUUCUUUGCAACACCUCUUCUGCUCAACAUGCAAAUCUGUCCCUCCUGGAUGAGGACUUGUUUUACUAUCGGUUCCUGUAUGCAAUUCCGACCAUUUAUGGGAUCAUCAUCUUGAUCGGACUCGUCGGCAAUGUUACGCUGAUCAAAAUCUUCUGCACCGUCAAGUCCAUGAGAAACGUCCCCAACUUGUUCAUUUCAAGCUUGGCUUUUGGAGAUCUGCUUCUUUUGCUCACCUGUGUUCCCGUGGAUGCCAGCAGGUACCUGUCUGCUGAAUGGCUGUUUGGUCGGGUUGGAUGUAAACUUAUCCCUUUCAUACAGCUGACUUCGGUGGGGGUGUCUGUCUUCACCCUCAUGGCUCUCUCUGCUGAUAGGUAUAGAGCCAUAGUGAGACCAAUGGACAUUCAAGCUUCCCACGCCCUGAUGAAGAUUUGUUUGAAAGCUAUCAUGAUCUGGAUUUUAUCUAUGCUGCUUGCCAUUCCUGAAGCUGUGUUUUCAGACCUGCGACCUUUCUAUGACAAAGGCACUAACAAAACAUUCAUCAGUUGUACACCCUACCCACUGACCAAUGAGCUGCAUCCAAAAAUUCAAUCCGUGGCUUCCUUUCUCAUCUUUUACAUAAUUCCCUUGUCUGUUAUUUCAGUAUACUAUUAUUUCAUUGCCAAAAACCUGAUACGGAGUGCUUACAACCUACCGGUGGAAGGAAAUGUCCAUGUUAGAAAACAGAUGGAAUCGCGAAAACGCCUAGCCAAGACAGUGCUGGUUUUCGUCUGCAUCUUCGCUUUCUGUUGGCUCCCCAACCACAUCAUCUACUUAUAUCGGUCGUACCACUAUUCCGAGGUGGACACUUCCAUCCUGCACUUUAUCACUUCUCUCUGUGCUCGGAUCCUGGCAUUUUCCAACUCUUGCAUAAACCCCUUUGCACUCUACCUGCUCAGCAAAAGUUUCAGGAAACAAUUUAACCACCAGCUUUCAUGUUGCAAAGCCCGCGAUCUCAUGAGGUCCCAGAGCAGAAGCACCAUGCGGAUGGCGUCCCUCAAGAGCACCAACCAAUCAAUGGUCGUAUUCAGCUUCAUCAAUGGCAACCACCCCUGCCCCGAGGAGAAUGUAUAGGCUGCACCACAGAGACUGAAAACAGCCACAAGAUCUGUGUAGCCAUUGCUGCUUGUUUUCUUUUGUUUGUUUGUUCCUGUAAGUAACAAAUGUACAUAAUUGCACAGAGAGGCGGACAGUGACCAGAGAACAAACUGACAGCAUGUGAGCAAGGUUUAAUGCAGAGCAGAAGGGCUGCCCACACCUGCACCGUCAUUUUUAGGGCCUUGCAUUAUAAUAUGUGAGUUCCUUUUCAUUUCUACUGUUCAGAGAUGAAUGUUGAAGGCAAUCCAGGUCCUCAUCAGAUUAUCAGACUGUUCCAUUGUUACCCUUGUACAGAAGACUGCGGAGGGAGGAAACUUUUUUGGUACAUGUAGGUUCUGGAAGAAAGUCAGGGUUAUUAUCGUUAUUGUUAUUUAUUGCUAGAAUGAGCCAGUCCUCCAUUAUGUCCUUUACACUGUAUGGAAACAGCUAGUGGAGCUAGCUCUCUGUCUUCACUGUCCCACACUCCACUCUUCUGGACUCCACUCCACUCUUCUGGACUCAUAACACCCAUUGAUAAGGCAUUCUCAUCCCCUUUCUGUGAAAUACCUGCAUAGAUGGGACGGUCCUAGUAGCCGAGUCAGAUCAGUGUAGUAAAUUUGCACUUGUGCAACAGCUUAGCACAUAUGCAGAGAGAGCACGGCCAUUUUCAGAAAUUGGUCUGAAGGCUUUCCCCCCUUUUUGUUUGGUAGGAUGCUAAAUUCUUACUUGCACCAUUUAAAAUGAGCAAUCCUGCAACAAAAGCGGAAUAACAAAAUGAUGUAAGGGACUCCCCGGUUCUAUCUUACCUGCCCACAUUCACUCAUGCUUAAGAAAACACUUUUAUGGUUUUGCUUUUUGCACUAAAGUAAGGCAGCAUUUCGAAGCACGCUUAGCUUAGAGUAAAACCUAUUUAAUCCAAAGUGAUGUCAUCCAGGGAUUUUUUAAAAGGAAUUUUCACUGUGUCAGAGGGCAGGGGGAAUGAACGCAA